CCCAAUCCCAGCCGACUGCCUCUGCCUCGGGCGGGGUUUGAGGAGACCCGCGGUUAAUUUUAGUUUGUGUUGGUUGGACGGAGAGGAGGAGGAGGAGGAAGAAGAAGAGGACGACGAAGUGGAGGAGGCGACGGCUGUCUUCUUCUUGUUGUUGUUUUUAUUUUUUAUUAUUUGUCGCCUACCAGCAGGCACGUUUCUUGGGAGCAAACGCAAGCGGGUGUAACUGUCGUCGGCCGGUGUGUCCCGGUUGCGGUUCUACACUGACUUCUAUGGAGGAUAAAUCUGAUUAAUCCUUUCUUGUUGUGCUUAUUGGACCAAUUUAACUUGUAUAGAGCAUUUCACCGGAUACGGUUUGGACUAGUGUCUAAAUCCCGGACAUUGGUCAUCCAGGGAGAUAAAACAUGUCACUGUGUCAACAGCUGGAGCGGAAAACACGCGAUGGAUGUCGGUCAGUCUCCGCUUUGUAGAUAACACAUGGUCUUUAUUCACCAUUCUUGUAUUCAUUCAUUCAUUCACUGGACGGGGAGGUGAACAGACGCUGGCCUGCUGUCAGAGACACUGUGGGAAGAGGAGAACCGGUCACAGCGAUGGAGUCCCCCUACACAGACCCUGGCUGUUAAUGCUUCACAGAUUAAUAAGUUAAGAAGGAAAGCAGGAGAGGCGAAGACAAGAAGCUCUCCCCUAACCCCGGGACGAAUAACACGGCAGGAUGCGUUACCGCCGUUAACUUCCACUCUGAGUGUGGGCAGUGCCAGCAGUUGGGGACGACCGUUGGCCGUUAAUCCUACGCUGUGUGGGUGCGUGCACGCGCCUCUGUAUGUGGAUGGUGAUGGUGAGAACCGGUUUUUGAUGCGCGAGAAAGUGACGUGCCGCUCUCCUACCUUCCCGCCCUUUGCCACGAGCCUCAAGUCAACUCAGCGAACCAGGCAGCCGGGUCCAGCUUCAUUUCUCUCUCCAUAGCCUCCUCACAAACUCGCCACCUUUACCUACCUUCCCCGUGUUGUUGUUGUUGUUAUUGCUCUUAUUAUUUAUUUGAGCGCGUGUCCCUCACUCUGACUCUCCAAGUCUCGCGGGAUAUAAAGGAAAUAAAAGGGGUGAAUCUAAAAGAGCGGAGGGGAAAAGGAAAGGAAACACACACACACACACGAAAACAGAUUAAGACGAACAGGAGCCGCAUAUAUGAAGAUGCUGAUGUGUGACCGCGGCGUCCAGAUGCUCGUGACGACGGUGGGCGCGUUCGCCGCCUUCAGCCUCAUGACCAUCGCCGUCGGUACCGACUACUGGCUGUACUCGCGCGGGGUGUGCCGCGUGAAGAGCAGCGGCGACAACGACACGAGCCGCAAGAACGAGGAGGUGAUGACGCACUCCGGCCUCUGGCGAACCUGCUGUCUGGAAGGAACCUUCAGAGGUGUGUGUAAGAAAAUUGAUCACUUCCCAGAAGAUGCUGACUAUGAAGCAGACGCAGCUGAAUACCUCCUACGUGCUGUGCGUGCCUCCAGUCUUUUCCCCAUCAUGAGUGUGGGUCUGCUGUUUCUGGGUGGGCUCUGCGUGGCUGCCAGUGAGUUUUACCGAAGCCGACACAACGUCAUCCUCAGCGCAGGAAUCUUCUUCGUCUCAGCAGGCCUCAGUAACAUCAUUGGAAUUAUUGUCUAUAUCUCAGCCAACUCUGGCGACCCAGGCCAGAGUGACAGCAAGAAGUCCUACUCCUAUGGCUGGUCUUUUUACUUCGGGGCCCUCUCCUUCAUUAUGGCGGAAAUGGUGGGUGUGCUGGCUGUGCACAUGUUCAUUGAGAAGCACCGCAAGCUCCGGGCCAAGUCCCGCACUGAGCUCAUCAAGAAGUCCGCCUUUAGCCGCAUCCCCUCCUAUCGCUACCGUUUCCGGCGCCGCUCCAGCGUUCGCUCUUCAGAGGCUCCCAGCCGCGAUGCCUCGCCACUGGGGAAAGGUGGCUACACAGGGCCCGCCGCCUCCGAGAUGCCCAUGUACACGCUGAACCCACGAGAGGCCGGCAAUGCCGGCAGCAAACCUGUUGGCGGCUUAGGCGGGCUGCUUAACUCGGAGAGGGAUUUCCUCCAGAGCAGCACGCUCACUAAAGACUACAGCAAGGACCCCAACCGCAGAACCACACCUGUCUGAGAGGUGCUGGCUACAGAUAUCGCCCCAAUCAGAGUAUCAAAGAGGAGGAGGAUGAGAAAUGUGGGGGGGGGAGUGCAAGCAAAAGCAGGGGACACACAGGGUUAUGGGGUGGGAAGGGGGGGGGUUGCUAAACUUUGACUGUGAACUGUGAACUUUUAGCCUUCGAACUGUGAAUCCUGAGCCCUGUGAGAGUGUGUGCAGCAGGGUUGGUUUUAAUAGAGAAGUUGUUCCCAGCCCCAGCACAUAUCACUGUAGUAAUACUUGUAACUCCUUAUAUAUCAAGGCACAUUCGGUUUAUGUUCAUGAGUUUUAUGUUCAUAAAUUGAUUUUCAGGCUUUUUCCUCACAGGAGAAAUGGGAAUUAGUGGAAAUGUAAAAUAUAUUAAGUGUUUUUUCUGUUUGGGGCAACUUCUCUUUAAAAAAAACAACAAAAAAAAAACAAAAGCGCCACAAAAAAAACUACAAUGUGAAUUUGAGGAGAAGGGGUGACAGACUUUGUGUGAACCUCUGUCCUCCUGACCUUUUGGAUAGCAGCAGAGUCGGGUCAGGGAAGGGGACCGGCCUUAGAGCUCCCAGCUGACCCUCUGAUUACAGUAAACGUGAAGACGUCAGCACCUUGUCGUGGGCUCUGAUUCCUUUUCAGUUCAGCUAGAUUCAAAUUAUAAACUGAAGAUCGGUUUGCCCAUUUAAACCAGUGCAUUUGUGGAAGCAGUUAUCAUUUUCUAUACAUUUUGUAUAUAAACUUUCAUACUGAUCGAUCGGAAAGCUCGCUUCACGACUGAACUGAAAAUGAAUUGAGCUCUUCCCUGGUCACAUUUUCCCCUCAUCGCUCUGAUUCCAGGUCAGUGGUUAAACCUACCUGGCGGUUUCAAUGAGUAAAGAAGAAACCGUGGAUUAGCUGUUGCAGGCUGGGUAGAAAAGGUCUGACUCAACAACCUAAAGAAUCUCUUAUAGAUGGUAACGUAAGAUCCAUUGGUGCUUCCUUCUGUUUUUUCUGCCACCUCUUGAUUUAUUUAUUUUUUCACCUAAAACCUAAAAAGAGGUGGUCUGUCUGCCAAGCUGUCUGUCUGCGUCCAUGUGUCACCUCUCACCUUUUUCUGUGUAGCCACACCUCCACACCUCCUCUCAUCCUUCCCAUCCUCUCCAUUAGAUUUAGCUCCUGUCUUCCAUUGGUGGCGUUUUUGGAGACUAGUUAGGUUUUCUGGAGGUUGUUGGUUCAGGGUACUGUGGAGGGGAGACCACUGAGCUGUGAAUAGGCUUUAAAGCAGCACCGUUUGUUUGCCCACUACCUCUUGGUGAACACAUUUCUGAUUUAAUAUUAAAACCUGUCAGAUUUACAGUCGCAGGAGUAAACACAAGAUAAAGUAGACGUCUCCAAUAGGAGGAAACUGUUCGUAUGUAGCACACAAAUUAAGCAGCGGGAGAUGGAAUUGGAGGAUAGUCCAAUUGUAUUAUUUAUUUAAGUCACUCACAGCCUCCUCAUUGCUCUUCAUCUCCACUGCUCACACACUGGCUGACAAACUAGUUACUUACUCCACUGCCACCUCUCCAGCCUUAAGAGGACCAGUGUCAAAUACUGCUGCGAUCCACGCAUCGAGGCACCGGAGAACACUGUGUGCAUCUGACUGAGCAGCAGUGUUUGGACGCCUUUCAGACUAAUGGCCUUUACACACCGGACAUGUAAAAUUUGCACCAAUAUUUUGUUUGUUAAAAAUACUCGCCUAUUCUCAAUGCAGGCGUUCACAGCUACCGCAUAAUUUUGCAAGACGAAUUUGGAUUUCAUUUAUGGAAUCAAGCACAGUUUUUUCAGAUUUUUUUGCAUUCAAAUUAACAGAUCUGACCAAUCAGACCACUGCGUGUGGCUACAAGUGCGCUUGUAGCUCAAAACGCACUUACUGAACAUACUGAAACGCAACAGUACUGUUUCUUUUCAGACAUACAGCUAGAUGGUGCUCCAGGUCAGUCAACUCUGAAAUAAUUUCCCUGCCUCCUCAGAUGUGGGAAGAGCUCAGACUGCCCUGCUGACAUCCUGAAAUAUGUACGACAGCAGUCGUGAUAAAGAUUCAACUCCUGGAUCAAACCAUGAAAUUCUCCAUGCUGCUGCCUUCUCGUGAGAAUUGAAUGAACCCAGAAUCUCUGCUUCUUUCCUUUUGUUGUUUAGAAACAUCAGGACCAGUUCAUUGUGGCUUGAUGCGUCUUUUUUGAGGACGUUUUUUGCAAAAAUGCGGCUUUUGCAAAAAUGCGGAAUAUACCUAACACGACAAAUUCGCAUCUGAAAGAUCUAGAAUUUCAUUUUGGGUUUUUUGCCACAUGCUCGGUGUGUAAUGGCCUUACUUUUCUGCAGGAAGAGCAGCACAAAAAACUACUGUGAUAAAGCCCCUGAUCUACUACUAUAUGCCUAAUAUUUACACAGUCAGUCCACUUGGUUUCCCAACAAUCUAAUGCUGCAUCUGUGCAUUUGUAAGCAGUGGCAACUACUGUAAUUCUGAAGUAUUCCAGCCUUUUAGUAAAAGGAGGCAUAUUCUAAAACAUUAAGAAAACAAGCUGAAUUAUUCACUUUACUCAGUAAUCUUCUAUCUCACGACACGAGGCGACAGAAUUUGACACUGUGAGGAAAAAAGGCAACACAGCCAUAAAAUCUACAGAGAGGAGACAGGGAGGGUUGUGAAACCUGAGCAUGAGUAUCUAGUCACACCAUUUUUCUCAACCUGUUUCUGGGACUGUGAGUAACAAGUAAGUGUGAAACUCAAAAGAGGAAAAAAAAAUGCUUUUUUUAUUUUUUCAGUUAUUGUUCUUUUACCUUCCCAUAAACAGCCAUUGCACUGUUUUGUAUAAAGUCGACAUGAAACAACACCAACCCGACACUGUCAAGCUACUACUCUGACAGUCAUUACUCUGAUAAUAAAAUAUGUUUUAAACCUCGCA